GCGUGCUCCAUGCAUUUCCGAAAACCGUAAAAUCAUCGAACGCAUCGAGAAGAGCGCAAUAUAAACGACAGAGAUUUGCAAAGGAAAUAUUCGUUGUACUAAACAAACUCGCGAUUACUCAGAAGUUGUAUUAUUUAAGUUUGCGGCACCGUGGAUUUAGAACUUCCGGCGGAACAGCAUUGUCGCAGAUGAUCACGUGAUCGAGGAUUGAGUUCUUCGUUUGUGGCCACGAGGUUUUGUGGUGAAAAUUAAGUUUACCGGGUGGAAAAGGCCCUAUAUUUUUGUAUUUAUACAAAAAUGCCCUCCAGUAAUCCCUUGCCACCCAAAGAAAAUGCCUUGUUUAAGCGAAUUCUGAGGUGUUACGAACACAAACAAUAUAAGAAUGGGUUAAAGUUUGCUAAGCAAAUCCUGUCGAACCCUAAAUUUAACGAACAUGGGGAGACCUUGGCAAUGAAAGGUCUCACUCUGAACUGCUUAGGUCGCAAGGAAGAAGCAUACGAUCAUGUACGGCGUGGUCUUAGGAACGACUUACAAUCUCAUGUUUGUUGGCACGUUUAUGGAUUGCUACAGCGCUCAGACAAGAAAUACGACGAGGCCAUCAAAUGUUAUAGAAAUGCACUCAAAUGGGAUAAGGAUAAUAUACAGAUCCUUAGGGACUUAUCGCUACUUCAAAUUCAAAUGAGGGACCUGGAGGGCUAUAGAGACACAAGAAAUCAGUUACUUAUGUUACGUCCCACACAACGUGCAUCAUGGAUUGGUUUUGCUAUCUCGUAUCACCUACUGAAGGACUAUGAAAUGGCUCUAAAGAUUUUAGAUACUUUUCGAAAUUUCCCAAUGGGAUAUUCAUCAAAUGUGCAGAUUUGUUAUGAUUACGAACACAGUGAAUUAUUGUUAUACCAAAAUAUGGUUAUCCAAGAAUCAGGAGAGUGCGAACAAGCACUAAAACAUCUUGAUAAAUACAGUGAUCAAAUUUGUGAUAAAGUUACUGUGAAAGAAACAUAUGGUAAAUUAAGAUUACAAUUGAAACAAUAUGAGGAGGCGGCCGACAUUUAUAAGGGACUUUUAGAUAUAAAUCCCGAAAACACGACGUAUUACACUAGGCUAGCAGAGGCUGAAAGACAUGCUAAACCCGAGGAGACGUUAGUUAUGCUUCAAGAUUACGAGGAAUUGUUUCCUCGAGCCCUGGCGCCGCGCCGCUUACAAUUAUACUACGCCUCAGGGGAUGAAUUUAAAACAUUAGUCGAUCGGUAUUUACGCAGAGGUCUCCAUAAAGGCGUGCCGCCUCUGUUUGUAAAUCUUCGUUCUUUGUAUAUUGAUCAGCAGAAAGUUGAUAUUAUACAGUCCUUAGUACUGCAGUACAAGGAGGCGUUGAAGGCUCACGAGCACUUUAGCGACCAAGAGAAAGAUAAUCCUCGAGAGCCGGCGUCAGCGUUGCUUUGGACAUAUUACUAUUUAGCACAACAUUACGAUCAUCUCGGACUCACAGAGAAAGCACUGGACGAAAUUGAUGCUGCCAUAGAACAUACUCCUACACUUAUAGAACUUUUUGUUACCAAAGGUCGCAUUUAUAAGCAUGCCGGCAACGUUCAAGAAGCUUACAAAUGGCUGGACGAAGCGCAAGGUUUAGACACCGCAGAUCGUUAUAUUAAUUCAAAGUGUGCCAAGUACAUGUUACGUGCGAAUCUAAUCAAAGAGGCGGAGGAGACGUGUGGCAAAUUCACCAGGGAAGGUGUCCUAGCCAUGGAGAACCUGAACGAGAUGCAGUGCAUGUGGAUACAGACGGAAGCGGCUAACGCUUACAAACGCCUCGGGAAAUUUGGGGAGGCCUUGAAGAAAUGUCACGAGGUUGAUAGGCAUUUCUCCGAGAUCAUAGAGGAUCAAUUCGACUUCCACACGUACUGCAUGAGAAAGAUGACUCUACGGUCCUACGUGGGCCUUCUCAGGUUAGAGGAUGUGCUGCGGGCUCAUCCAUUUUAUUUCAAGGCAGCGAAGUGCGCGGUAGAGGUUUACCUGCGACUACAUGACGAUCCUCUACCUGAUCCGACGCAGGCUCAAGAGAUCGACACUGAAAAUUUGACACCGUCGGAACUGAAGAAAUUGAGAAACAAACAGAGGAAACAACGCAGAAAGGCUGAACUGGAACGGCAACAGGCUGCCCAGGCUCAAGAGAAGAGGGAGCAACACAAUAAAUCGCGACAGCAAACCGAUUCCGACCUGGAGCAACCCACGUUGGACGAACUUAUACCGGAAAAAUUGGAAAGGGUCGAGGAUCCACUGGAGCAGGCGAUCAAGUUCCUGCAACCUCUUCAAGAUUUGGCUGCGGAUAGAAUAGAGACGCAUUUAAUGGCAUUCGAAAUCUACAUUCGCAAAGGUCGCACGUUGCUGAUGCUGAAGUCGAUAAAACGCGCUCACGGUCUGGACCCGAACAAUCCGGAACUGCACACGUGUCUGGUGCGUUUCAUACUGCACACCAGCCGUUCACCGUUAGAGGGUGCAGUCGGGGAGGUGGUGCACCACCAGACCUCGGGCAUCUACGGUAAUUCGACGGCCGGCCAGUUGAACGCGGAAUUCCUGAAGAGGAAUCGGACGUCGCUUCCGCAUCUGCUUCAAGGCGCAAAGAUGAUGUACGUGCUGGAUCCGUUGGCCCAAAUGAAAGCUCUGAUCCAGGUGACGAGCAUCGACAACCUGGAGGGCGUGACAAUACCGAUCUGUACGAAAGUGCUCGAAGCGUUGCGUGCUGGUGACUUCGGCGACUGCGAGAACACGAUAGCCGAUUAUGUGACCAAAUGCCAUAAGCGUUUCCCGUACGCGACCGCCUUCUGGCCGGAGACCAAGGCGACCGCCAACCACCAGGAGAAAGAGAACUCAAUCAAGAACUGAUCCAGGUACGCGCGCGUCAGCGUCGCUGAGUUAGUCCGUAGUAUAAGGCGACGGAAGAGGGAGGAGAGAGAGAAAGAGAGAGAUGACAGAGAACAGCCGGAGGAGGACGACGACGAUGAAGAGGAUAACGAAAAUGAGGAGAUGGAGGUGGAAGAUGGUGUCUGUGCAAAGCAUCUCUGACCACUAGCUUUGGGUAACAUGGAAAUCACAAGAAAGACGAUGGAAGGACAGGCUGACGAAGGGAAUGGAAUAGCUGAAGAAGAACUGAAACGAAAAUGAAAGGAGAGAGAGAGAGCGAGAGAGAGAGAAGACAUAGUGAAUGAAGGGGAAAAGUAUCGCGAACAAAUUGGCGGAUAUUGAUUUACGAGAUAGAGUCACAUGUAUUAUACACGGAACUGUUCCUGGAGGAUUUCAUGUUGUGUGAAAACAGUGCUGGGACAGUGCUGGAUAAACAAUCUUUAAUAAAUUAUACAACACGACGAGCCGCGCGAACACGCGCGUCUCCGAAGCCGUGGUCCCAAAUUUUAGGUGGACGAACAACCAGGGGCAACCAGAAGGGGAUGGCUAGUAGCUAAAUAUUAAUUAACGAUCGGGACGGAUUAACGAACGCCGCGAUCCAACGAUCAAGAGAUAACGGGGGCUGGAUCGAGGACAUUCUGUGUGACGUUCAGUGAAGAGGUUAUAUCACGGUCGGCUGCUGAGGGGGUGGGAAAAAGCGCGCGUUCGGGGGCUAGAACCGGGGGUGCAGUGUGUAAAAUAUAAAUGACGUGCGAAAACUAACACAUUGGUACAAAAUAUAAGACUUGUAUACAUUCAUACGCGCGCGCGCUCUAGGAGAUAUUUCUACUCGAUGUUAAGGUGUACUAUUUUCAGCGAUGUCUACAGAAUACACUCUACUGUGUAGAGUCUGGAAACGAGACGAUCAUCGAGCAUCCGAUUAUUGUAUUGUACCACACGCAUGUUCGUCGCUACAUUCGAAUAGACUUUGUUCCAAGUCGCAUACUAACUUCUAGUUCACUUCAUUCGCAAGACUAUACUGUUUGAAGCUUUUCGGGGAAGUACGGACAGAUUGACACACACUGCCGUCGCUCAUUUUCUGCAAUGGCUGGAUUACAGAUUUCUUGCAUCUAUGGGCUGAAAUGAGUAUUGAAAGAAUUAUAGAUUGUAAUUUAUAAAGAUUGUUGAAGAAAGAAAAGCAUUUUUGAAAGGAUUCGUAUCAGCAAUAUCUCAUGAAUCGAAACAUUGUUUUGUCGAUAAAUGAACGUUUUCAUCACUUUGUAAGAAUACAAUUAAGGUAAUAAUUUGAAACACUCGAACUUGUUCGUCUGAAAAUCUUGACCUCUUAAUAUGCACUCUCUGAAUUGCAGCAAAUGAGCGACGUAUGAAAACAGACACACAGCCACACACAUACAAGUACAUAACAGGUACAUUUUAUUCCUGUGUUUCAAACCAGGGUAAUGAUCUACGUUCUGAUUGGAGCCCUGAUUUAUUCCAUCGAGAACAGUCAAUAAACGGGAGUAGUGUCCAUUUCGCGAAAGUCUGUGAAAGUUACUAUAAGAACAAUAAGCUGCGUAUUGUGUACGCAAUUUACCAAAGUAUAUCAUAAAUCGAGAAACAAUAAGUAUCGAAUAGCAGAACGAUGGAAAUAUAAAAGAGAAACAGAGAACAACGGGAAGAAGAAGAAAACGAAGAAGAAGAAGAACUGUCGUGCAUCUGUACGCGAACGGAUUACAGAGAUUUUAAAUAAAAUGAUAACGUUGGAAGUCUACCGGCACACCAGCCGAGAACCGAUCUUAUGAUUACCUCAUUUAGUUUUGUUUCAUUCUUUUUCGUCUCUCUUUCCUUUUCAAAAUAUUAUCGACGCAAAAUAUAUUUAUUAGCUGCGUGAAUUUCCUCUCGAGCGAACAGAAGAAAAUUCAGCAAGUUGCAGAUACUACAAAUUAGUGAUAAUAUUUGUACAUACUUUCAGCUACUACCUUUAACAAUGCAUAUAAAUAUAUAUACAAUCAUAUUAUAUGUACACAUCUCCUGCCUUACUUAAGUCAUAGAAAUGUAUCAUUUUCUGCGAUCGAUUAAUCUUGAACGCCGAUUAAUAUUAAUUGAUAUUGAUUAGCGAACGAAAGCAAAACUAUACAAAAUAUGAGAAAAACAAUCGCUCGAAGCGGACUCGCGACGGUAAUCAUAAACAGAUAAUUGCAUCGAGUGGCAUCCAUGGUAAUGUAUACUCGUCGAUGUUCGAAUCACCCGCGCGUAUCUGCGCACUUUCCAGCCGGGAAAUUCAAAAUCUGCGGAAAUUUAGACGAUGGAAUAAUCUACAAUAAUUACGACCAGUGAAAAAACUGACUGGUGGGCCGAAUAUCUUCUGUAAAUGCAUGGAAUGUUUCUCAGGGCUACGCUUGUAAUUUAUCGUAAACGAUACCGUAGAUGACACAGAAGUUUCAUCGGCAUUGUUCAAUACUUAUUUCAGAAUCCGUUGAACGAUAGGUAGCUCUUGUAAAUUUUUAUGUAUACAUCAUUCUCCAUUGUCAUACUCAAUUUUUGAGAUAUUCACCUUUUAAGAAGAAAUCCUUUCGCCUUUAAAAUGAAAUUUCUAGAAAACUGAAGAUCUGAAAAAUGUAAAAGUAUUAAAAAUUACUCUAUUGAAAGGUAAAAAAAGAGUUAAAAUUCGCGUUGGAUAGUGUAAUUAGUUAUUUCGCUGUUGAUUCACAAUAUCCAAUCGGCCUGUGGGUGAAGUGCUAAUUAAUCCUUGCCAUAGACAUAAGGUAUCAAAAAUGAUGCUUCGAUCGUAUCAACGCCGUCGUUUCACCAUGCAUCUACCGAAGUGUUAACGAAUUUUUAACAUUGCUUUUCUUUUGAUACGUUUUCUACAAAUACACUUGGACACUUAGCAAAGGUAUCGCCUUUCGAAACAGGCUGCAAGUCGUGCAGGUACAUUAGACGCUCCAAUCUUUAUCGGGGGUUGUUAUUUGCAGUUUAGAUAAUUUCUAUCUCGCUGAUAACGGUUAUGCGGAAAAAUCUUUGGGAAAAUAAACAACACCAACCAAAAGGAUGGUAUAUUACACCGAU